UAUUAGGUGGCGUUAAAGAAUGGCCGAUGCCAUAUAUAAUCAACCCUCGAAAGCUCCUACGGCCGAAAGAACCCGCCAGCCAAAGAACAGGCCCGCCGACCUCCCGCAAGGGCAGCAGAAAAUACGCCGCCGCAAUAGGACCAUCGCAUCAUCGCAAAUUGAAAUGCGACAAACAAGUGCCGUGUGGUAACUGUCAGCGGUUUCAGAGAGAUUGUUUGUACAUUGCCCCAGCUCUAGAUACUGCUGCUCAGCAGAAGCUGGCCGAGAUCAAGGAUCGACUUGGUGACCUCGAAGAGACACUUGAACGUGAUGUCGCUCGCCGCGCCGCCGCAAAAUCCGGAUCUGACCGUUCUUCUGUGGUCUUAAAGGUCGAAGCCGAAGACGAUGACUAUGACGGCUUGUCUGCGGACGAUGACCAGGAUCCUGAGCCCUCUCCCCUCGGCAUGUUCGAUCAGGUGUAUGAUAACGAUGCCGACGAUGGACUCAUGGAUCUUGGUAUUCAGCUCGGCAAGUUACGAAUGUCUGAUAGAGUAGGCGGUCUAGNNCUCAAUGCGAAGCUGCGCAGUGCCAACCACAAGAGUCAAAAUCUUUAUUGUCAACGCCACGGCUACACUGAUCCAAAUGUAUCAUGGCAACCUGGGACCGUAUCUCAAGAGGAUUUCUUGAAUCCUGGGCCAGACUUCAUCGUUCCAUCUUCAAAUCUGUUCUUCCCGGACCCCGUCACGGCAUACUUUCUCCCUCCUAGACACGUCGCUGAUCGACUCAUUACACAAUACCUUAAUGCCGUUCAUCCGGUCGCUCGUCUCGUUCAUCAACAAACCUUUGAGAGGCAGUACGCUCUGUUCUGGAACAAUCUCAGUAACGGUACAAUAACACCAGCUCCUAUACAAGCCAUUCUCUUCGCAGCAAUGUUCUCGGCGGCUGUCAGUUUGUCGGAUGAUGCGGCUGCAUCAUUCUCGGAUAUGCCUAAGCAUUCACUCGUCGACAAGCUUCGCGAAAUGACCGAAUUCAUGCUCUCCAGAGCGAAUCUCCUGAGAACGACGAAGAUAGACACCAUGCAAGCUUUCAUUAUGUACAUGAUUUCGCGAGCACACUCUGCACUCGUUGGAACAGCGAUUCGUCUUGCACAAUGCAUGGGACUCCAUCGUGAUGGAACGACCUUCGGUCUCAGUGCUGUAGAUACUCACGUCCGAAGAUUGAUCUGGUAUCAAAUCUGCUUCCUGGAUGUCCGAACCUGCGAAGCUACUGGACCCCGUCCUCAGAUUCGUAAAGAAGAAUAUGACACCAAGCUGCCUCUCAACGUCAACGACAUAGACCUUCUGUCAGCCUUACCGCCAACCGAUGAUUUACCUUACUGGACCGACAUGACCUUGUCCAAGCUCAAAUUUGAGUGCUACGAACUGAUACGCCAACUCUGGGUUGAUAUGCAACGCAUGGACCAAAAGAAGCUGUCGUUGACCUCUGUCCUCAAUAGGAUCAAGAAGUUCCGCGCGACCACUGAAGCCAAAUAUUCACCCCUAGUUCAAGGCAACACGCCUAAGCAGAUUCUUGCAAAGCAAAUGUAUCGCGCCUCCAGCAAUCGAGCUCUGGUCGUCAUCUUGCAACGAUAUGCUGUUGGAACGAACUACCCCAUGCCAGAGAGACUUCGCAAUCUACUUAUUGAGGCCUGUAUGGGCACUGUCGAAGCUGGUGUCGCGAUGGAAACCCGUCCAGAGCUGAUGACUUGGGCUUGGUAUCGUGGAGCCAUUCUCCAAUACCACGCAGCAGUGCUUCUGGUAUUCGAAGUCUAUGCCAGGCCUGAGAUGCCCGAGGCCGCACGAAUCUGGAGCAGUCUCGAUUACAUCUUCGAAACACCGCCCCAAUCUUCUCAAGUGGACAAGGCAGAGGGCAUUAUUAUUACGCUUCGCGAUCGCCUAGAAAAAUAUCACAGCGUACGAAAGCUGCGUGCAACAGCUGAUGUCGAAAGCCAGUCCAGCCCAGGACCAUCAACAACCUCACAGUUGACUACGCCUGUCACAGCUCCGCACAUGACUCGCUCUGCUCAGACGUUCACUACUCCGACAAUGGUUUACUCUCAGCUACCCCAUACCGAACAAGGGCCUGCCUCCGACGCCAGUGGAAGCCGUGCAGGACCAAACCGUGACUCCUCUGCUGAUCCAGGCAUGGAGGCCGUGGCCAAUAUGGAUUGGAAUUGGGUACGAUCGGAGCGAUGGGCGAUUUCAGCCUCGGCAACUUCAACCCUCACCAAGCAUACUUCUCGCUUCCAAGAGCUGAUGCACAUCAACGAUGAUCAACGA